AUGGAUCUGUUUGGAGACAUAGAUGACAUUUCUUCAGAGAGUGACGGAGACAAUCAACCACCCAUUUCAGGACAGCCUGUUACUGAUGGACGUGGACUGCCUCAGUACCAGCGGGAGGAAGAGCCAAUUUCUGAAACCAAAAUAGAAGUAGAAAUUCCCAGCAUCAACUCUGAUUUAGGAAAUGAAUUGUACUUUGUUAAACUACCCAGAUUUCUCAGCAUAGAACCCAAGCCUUUCGAUCCUCAGCAUUAUGAAGAUGAAUUUGAAGAUGAGGCAGUGCUUGAUGAAGAAAAUAGAACCAGGUUAAGAUUAAAGAUAGAAAAUACUAUACGAUGGAGGAUACGCCAGGACAAAGAAGGAAAUGAAAUUAAAGAAAGCAAUGCUCGGAUAGUCAAGUGGUCCGAUGGAAGACCUCAUGCUACAGACUAUGCCACACAUAGAAAGAUGACCCUUCCACGUGCUAAUAGAUGCUCGAAGACACAGAAGAUUAGAAUCUUACCAAUGGCUGGUCCUGAUCCUGAAUGCCAGCGCACAGAGAUGAUUAAGGGAGCCUGCUUAACCUUCUAA